AUGUCUUCGUCUUCAACGUUAUUGACAAGAGAACGUUUGCAAACCUACAAGAAUGCGGCCGAGAAGGCGCUAGAACAAGUGAAAGGUAUCUUAGAAACCAAACAAAAGAAACUUGACGAGUACGAUAGCCUCAUUCGUCGCCUUGAAGAGAUGCCUAGAAAACGAUCUGAAGCCAUUAUGUGUCCCAUUGGAUCAGUAGGCUUCCUUCCUGCUACUAUUGUACACACUAACGAAAUACUCGUUGGUCUAGGAGAUGGAUAUUUUGUGGACGCGUCAGCUUAUCAAGCUGCAGAAAUUGUGAAGAGACGGAAAACAGUUUUGGAAAAGAAUAUCGCAGAUCUUCAUGAACAUGAGGGCAUUAUCUCGAAACAGAUUGCUUUCGCCAAAGAAAUCUUCGAACAUGUGGGACUGAUACUUUUAGCUGGAAUAGUUUUCCAUGAUCACGCUGCAUCACUUUUACAUUACUUAUUCUACAGAGUAACAAUGAUGAAGUGGAAAUACGUGAAGAUUAUGAUGAGGAAAAAGAAGAAGAGUUAA